AUGACUCCCUUCACCACGGCACUUGAUUAUUCUCGGCCGCCGCGGGCCUUCUCCACUCGCCUCCAGCUUCUCCAGUUCUCCCUCUCGUCUUCCUCUUCUUUCCCUUCUUUUCUCCUGCCCUCUCUCCUCCUCUUCCUCCUCUCCACUCUCCUGUGGACUCUCUUGUUUUGGGUUUUGUACCAUGCUCUGCUUGCAGUGCUGCGCAUAAGAAUGUCCUCUUCCGCCAAUGGCGCUUCGCGCCCGCCCUUCACCCACGGGGAUCAGCCGGAUUCGCAGAGCCGGCUGCUGAAGCACGAUGCGACCCUGGUGGUCGCUCAGUCGGUUUCCCUCACUCUAGGCGGCGACUCUCUUCUUGUCGUCGACGAACGCUCCUCGCGCAAACAAGAUCGUGCCUGUUGCGGUUUGCUGGCCAAGUCAUGUAUGCGAACCCCUUCAUGUGGCCUUAGGAAUCUUGCGAACGUAUCUAAUUUCGGACCUACAGCAACGAAAGAUACCCACUCCAUUUCGCUGUUCAACGUUCUAGACGCCGAUCUUUCCCCCGCCGGCUUAACCAUCACGUAUGCGGAUCCGACCAGCAAAGAUGACAUCUCCGUUGCGGCAUUGCAGUAUCCCGUCGCCGAGGAGGAAAAAGCAAACGUCGAGGCGUGGAUCGCACAGCUCCUUGAUAAAGCGUAUAGGAACGCGCAGCGGUAUAAGCGUCUGAAAGUCCUCAUCAACCCCUUCGGCGGCAAAGGGUCGGCGUCGAAACUGUACCACAACCAUGCGGCGCCCGUGUUCGCGGCCGCGCGUUGUCACAUUGAUGUUGAGGAAACCUCCCAUCAGGGGCACGCCACCGAGAUCGCCGAGCAGAUCGACGUGGACGCCUAUGAUGCCAUUGUAUGCUGCUCCGGGGACGGCUUGCCGCACGAGGUGUUCAAUGGUCUAGGGAAGAAAGCCAACGCGCGCGAGGCCCUCGCCAAGAUCGCCGUUACCAUGCUGCCAUGCGGCUCGGGGAACGGCAUGGCGUGGAACCUGUGCGGGACGGGGAGUGUUUCGGUGGCCGCGCUGACCAUCGUCAAGGGGUUGCGGACUCCAAUGGAUCUUGUGUCGCUCACCCAGGGCAACACUCGCACGCUGUCCUUUCUGUCGCAGUCAUUUGGCAUUAUCGCCGAGUCGGAUCUCGGCACCGACAAUAUCCGUUGGAUGGGCGCCCACCGGUUCCACUACGGCGUCCUCGUACGUCUCCUUUCGCGCACGGUCUACCCCUGCGACCUGGCCAUCAAGGUGGUGAUGGACGACAAGAAGGCCAUCAAGGCCCAUUAUCACACGUACGCGAACAGCCCACCGCCGACUCGCCCCGCGGAGGACGCCACCGGGGGUCUUCCCGAGCUCAAAUAUGGCACUGUGCAGGAUGAGCUGCCCAAGGACUGGAAGGUCAUUCCGGCCGAGACCAUCGGCAAUUUUUACGCCGGGACCAUGGCCAUUGUGUCCAAGGACACGCCAUUCUUCCCUGCGUCAGUGCCGAACGACGGCCUGAUGGACAUUGUCACCCUGGACGGCACGAUUGCCCGCACCACCAGCCUCAAGAUGAUGAUAGAACUCCCCGAGAAUCGGUUCUUCGACAUGCCCGAUGUCCAUGUGCUCAAGGCUACCGCAUACCGACUGGUUCCCCGCGAGAAAGAAGGAUUUAUCAGCGUGGACGGCGAGAAGUUGCCGUUCGCGGCGUUCCAAGCCGAAGUCCACCAGGGUCUGGGCACUGUGCUGUCGAAAUCGGGACAUCUCUUUGAAGCGGAGGCCCCGAGACCUUAG